AUGAACAUAAAGACGAAUCUUAAGACAACUCUAGGAGGUCUUAACAACUUCAUGUCAAGCACCUUGGUGGGAAUACUAGAGUGCGACAGUAUCAUAAAAGAAGCGACUUCAAUUUAUGUGAGCUUUCGAUUGCAACUGUCUGAGAGUUUAUCGUGCAAAGGAAAUAGUACCUCCUGUCGAAAAUUUAAUUUUGUAGAAGAGUGGAAUAAAUACCAAAACUUGACAGUGAUAGUAUGGCUUUCCAAUAACCCAGACCUCAGCUCCAUAGGAAAGUUAUGGUCAUAUCUUACCAGAAGAGUAAAGACGAGGGUUUGA